CUUCCUCCUUUGGGCUCUCGCUGACAUCGAAAGUGAAAGCAAGAGUCGGACGCACGAUGAGACAGGCUGCGCGUGCUCUCAUUUCAGCAGCAUAAUAACAUUUCAGGAACAGUUUGAGGGACACAGCGAUGAGUUCAAGGUGUCGACUUGACCUCCAAAUUUCCCCAGAUCUCAGUCCAAAUCAAACUUGAACGACUUGAAGGAUCUGCAGCUGCAACAUCUCGGCACAUCUUCAGAUGAAUGUGGUGCUGAUUGAAUCCACACAUCUGGAAGGAAAAUAUCGAAACUCAUUUGAGACGUCAGUAUGAAUGAUGACCCUCGUGGAAAUGUUCAGAGAGAAACUAGACAGCUUGAACAUCUCAGAUUACCAUGGCCUGAACAGUCCAGGUGUGACAUGCUAUCUGAACAGCGUGCUUCAGGUGCUUUUUAUGACCGAAGACUUCCGGGAGGCUGUGAAAGGAUGCUCCAGUGAGGAUUCAACAACCAUUGACGAACAUCUGAGAACGCUGUUUUCUGAUUUAGAGAAACAGGUGGCCAAAACGCAUGACAUCACCGAAAGACUGGAGAUCACAAACGUAUAUGAGCAACGUGAUGCUGCUGAGUAUUUUGAGAAGAUCCUGUGUCGGACCAGUCCGGAGGCAGCUAAAAUGUUCAAGGGAAAGCUGAGCCACAAGACCACAUGCCGCAAGUGCAUGGGCAGGAGUGAUUCCAGUAGUUUCUUUUGGAUGUUGCCACUUGCGGUGGAAGAUUUGAGUCGUCAGAGCUACAGCGUGGAAAAAGGACUGAAAGCGUUCUUCAAGGGGGAGACAGUCUGCGGGGACAACAAGAUAUACUGCAGCCACUGCACUGAAAAGCAAGAUGCAGACUUUAGAUGUGAGAUGACACAAAACCCCGAGGUUCUGACCCUCCUGCUGAAGAGAUUCACGUUUGACUACAAGCGCAGAUGUUACGUCAAGCUUCACUGCAAAGUGGACGUUCCCCAGGUUUUACACACGGAGGACUGCGACUAUGACCUCUACGCUUUAGUUAACCACUUUGGUAAUCUAACAGGAGGGCAUUAUACUGCACAAAUCAAAUCUUUUGAAACUCGGGUGUGGUACCACUUCAAUGACAGCAUUGUUAAAGGGGUCAAACCACUGUUUGGAGUCGGCGACAAGUCUUUGAGGUCUUCUACAGCUUACCUCCUCAUGUACAGGAAGGUGAGAAGAAACCCCAAAGAGAUUGAAGGAACACACGAGGAGGCGGAGAGAGGAGCUGCUCCUGUUCCUCAUCAUCAACUAAAAGACGAAAGCUGCAAUGGAGGAGAAAAUGUGAAGCACUUGACUGGCGAUGAAUUAAAGAAGACGUGCCGUGACGCCACGGUUUCAAAGGCAACGCUAGACUUUAGUGGUGAAAUGCCACGGCAGACGGCUGCAUGUAUCGGGCCACAAAAAGAGAUGUUGUGUACGGGAGACGGGUACAAAACAAGACUGCAAACACACAAAUCAAAUUCUGCAAAGCCACAGCAGACAAGCAGACAGCUUGAUGCAAGCUCAAAUGAGCACAUGCAUGUUAUUAACACUAGAGGGGCCCCAGCAGCAGCACACUGUGUGGACUACAUGUCAGAGAAGAACCAUACACCCGGAAAGAAAAUGUCGAAUGUGACUGUUUGUGAAACAGAGAAAAAUAUUCAUAGAAAGACUGGAGCAAAAACAAGUGUGACUGAUAGAAGUCACACAAGAAACGGAGGAAAGAGUGAGCAGAGAAGAGAGGCUGCUGUCAGUCCUAAUGUGUAUCAUCAUGAUGUUAAGUCAUUUCAUAUUUCCUCCAAUGGCUACUCUAACUCUCCACUUCCACAUUUGACAGGACGCUCUCAGACUCGGUCUCACCCAAAUGAGUAUUCAGCAGACCUAUGCAGGAUAUCUAGCCGUUCAAACAAAGACAACGCAGAGAAAACGCAGCGUGUUUUGACUGCAGACAGCAGCUGCAGACUAGACCACAUACAAUCUGUGAGAAAGGGAGAAACAAGUGCAAGUCCCGGAAAGAAAAACGCUGCAAAGAGCCCGGACAAAGUCAAAAGAGAGCCAUGGAGGAGUUGAAACAAUAAGGAUAGCUUAUGCUUUUUAAAAUGUUUUUGUGACUUGCAUUAAUAGAGUGUUUGAAUACAUCUUUAACAAG